CCGGAUAUAGAUGUUGACAUCCGGGCACUUCGAAGCCAAAAAGCUACUGGCUAAUGUCAUUAUUUUAAAAUCUAUUUGAAUCUCGAACAACAUAUAAAAUCUCUCUCUUUUUUUUUUUUAAACAAAAUGAUUAAAGCAAUCUUAAUAUUCAACAACCAUGGCAAGCCUCGCCUCAUUCGUUUUUAUCAGUAUUUUGCCGAGGACAUGCAACAGCAGAUCAUUCGGGAAACCUUUCAUUUAGUGUCGAAGAGAGACGACAACGUUUGCAACUUCCUAGAGGGAGGCAGUCUAAUCGGCGGAUCGGACUACAAGCUGAUUUACCGUCAUUAUGCCACACUGUACUUUGUUUUCUGUGUGGACUCAUCUGAGAGUGAACUUGGCAUUUUGGACCUUAUACAGGUCUUUGUGGAGACACUGGACAAGUGCUUUGAAAAUGUGUGUGAGCUAGACCUCAUAUUUCAUAUGGACAAGGUUCAUUACAUAUUGCAGGAGGUGGUAAUGGGAGGCAUGGUGCUCGAAACCAACAUGAAUGAGAUAGUAGCUCAGGUGGAGGUGCAGAACCGUAUGGAAAAAUCAGAGGGAGGUCUGUCGGCAGCCCCGGCUCGAGCUGUCUCAGCUGUGAAAAAUAUGAACCUGCCGGAGAUUCCUCGCAACAUUAACAUUGGAGACAUUAAUAUUAAGGUUCCCAGCCUCUCCCCUUUCUGAAUAUAGAUCUGUUGGAUAUGUUUCCAAAUAACUGGAAUAUGGACUUACGAACUACAGAACAUGUUUCUUCAAUUUAUAUACUGAUGUGCACAGAAGAUGAUGGUGGAUUUUUAGUUUGUACAAUGAACUGAAUACUUGAUUUGACACAGUUGCACAAUAAUGGGAUGGCAGAGGUUUAAGACUGGUUCUAAUGUAAUGUAUAUUUGUAUGUUGCUUUUAUUUAAUGAAACAUUUCCCUAUAGUAGAGUAAAUGAUGCUGACUUAAUACACAAUUUUAUGUUCUGAUAUAAAGUUUCAAAAAAGUUGCUACUUGUUUGGAAGUUUGAGUGUUCCAUUUAAUAUGUAAUUUCUCUGAUUUUUUUUUUUUUAACUCAGAUUACAGUUCUUUUUGUUACAUGUGGGUGAUUUGUAAAAUAAUUUCUCUAAAUGUUUCAUGGAUGUAGCCAAACGUAUGUGCUAAAACAAAUAUAAUAAUAGAAAUGUUCCAUUGGUCAUGUGUUUAAAUCAUUUUCAGUGGAUGUUUAUAAUGUAAAUUAUAUUAAGUUAUCAGAAAUGUAUCAUAGUGUCUAAACCACUUUCAGUCCAGUUAAAUAAAGUUCACAUUUUUGCA